AUGAAUACCGUGUCGCGAGGAAUCGUGCAGGUCAUUAUAGGGUCCAUAUACGAUAACUUCAGUAAAACGUUGAGAUGUUUGACGAUACCGUCUAUUUCGGAUCUGACACCAUCCGAGGUCUUCCCGCGAAAUACGAUUAAAAUUCCGGCGAAUAUUCGGUUGGCCGACCCAGAAUUCCAUCUGCCGCGUUCGAUCGAACUUCUAAUCGGUUCUGGGGCAACCUUGUCGUUAUUUUCCGUCGGGCAGAUCAACUUGUCGCGUAGCGAGUACGAUUUAUAUCUGCAGAAAACGCGCCUUGGAUGGAUCGUUGCCGGCGGGCAAAGCCCAGUAGAAACGACGCGACGCGAAGAAUCUCAUUUGACGACGUUAGGGAAACUAUUAGAGAAAUUCUGGAUAACGGAAGAGAUAACGGACCACACGGGAUUUAACGAGCAGGAUAAAUGCGAAAUACAUUAUCGGGAAACAACGUCUCGUGACGCCAGCGGGAAAUAUAUAGUACGGUUGCCCUUUGACGGCUCAGGUAACCGUCUCGGUGACUCGCGGCACAACGCGCUCAAACGUUUGUUAUCGCUCGAGCGAAAAUUGGAGGGAAACGCGAACUUAAAGAACGAGUACACGCGGGUGAUAGAUGAAUAUAUUAGAUCGAAUUAUCUAUCCGUAGUAGAGAGUCCGAACGAUGACGGAUAUUACAUGCCACACCACGCGGUGGUUAAGGAAACGAGUAAUACAACCAAGAUACGAUUAGUAUUCGAUGCUUCCGCGAAAACGAGCAGCGGUUUCUCUCUUAAUGAUACAUUGCGAGUAGGACCCACGUUACAAGAUAAGCUAUUUGCGCACUUAAUACGGUUUCGGACAUACGCCUGCGUUCUCGUUGCUGAUAUUGAAAAAAUGUAUUUACAAGUACUGUUACACGAGGACGAUCGUCGAUACCAGCGAAUUUUAUGGCGUAUUAACGAUAACGUAAAAACCCUUCAAUUCAAUACCCUCACGUUCGGCGUAUCGUCCUCGCCGUACUUAGCGAUCCGUACGAUACAUCAACUAGCCGACGAUGAACGUAAGGCCUAUCCGAGAGCCGCCGAAGUUUUAAAGACUCAUCUAUACGUCGACGACUUGUUAACGGGAGCCGAAACUCUCGACGAAGCACGGGAAAUUCGAGAUGAGAUCAUCGCGCUGCUCAAUGCAGGGGGUAUCAACAUACGACAAUGGGCAUCCAACGAUAAACGCGCCGUACACGAUCUAAUGGAUAAUGCGUUACACGCUAAUUUCGUUUUCGACAAGGACCCGUCGCUUCGAACGCUCGGUAUAAUAUGGUCCGCGGGAGAAGAUAGAAUUCGAUAUUCGGUACGCGAGAUCAAAAUUACUAAAAACUUAACGAAACGGAUUAUACUGGCCGAAAUAUCGAAAAUAUACGAUCCGCUAGGCUUACUCGGGCCCGUUAUACUGUAUGCGAAAAAAUUGAUGCAAGACGUUUGGCGAAGUCAGUUAAAGUGGGACGAGUCACUACCGCAGAGCAUAUACACGGCGUGGACAGAAUUCGCUCGUCAGCUCGAGCUACUAAAUCACGCAUCAUUCGAUCGAAGAGUAUUGACCGCGAAUCCACAAGACAUCCAGAUACACGGCUUCUGCGACGCCAGUAUGAACGGUUACGGAGCGUGCAUUUACAUACGCGCGGUCAAAAACGAACGGGUGAUUGUCAAUCUUCUGUGCGCAAAAUCACGCGUCGCGCCCCUUAAAACGAUCACUAUACCGCGACUUGAACUUAAUGGCGCGGUACUGCUGGUGCGUCUCUAUCGCGAGGCAGCCCGCGCACUAAACAUCAAACCGGCUAAAACGAUCUUUUGGUCCGAUUCGACAAUUGUGCUACAAUGGAUAAGAACGUCUCCGCAUCUGUUAAAUACCUUUGUAGCAAAUCGCGUGACGGAAAUUCAAGACGUUAAGAAUCCACACGAAUGGCGACACGUACGAACAAGGGAUAAUCCUGCCGACGCGCUAUCGAGAGGACAAUUACCGCACGAGUUCUCACGAAAUCAGCAAUGGUUUGAGGGACCGGAAUGGUUAAGACGAAACGAAAACGAAUGGCCUAAUGACGUCAUACAGUCAGUCGAGCUACCUGAAUUAAGGAAGACCGCAUGUCUGAUAACAAUGAGCACCGAACCCGACUUAUUCGGAAAAUACUCGUCGUACGUCAAACUAACGAGAAUUAUGGCUUACUGUCGACGGUUCCGGCCUAAUAAUGCAUACAACGGGCCUUUGUGUUUAACGGAAAUCGACGAAGCCGAAAAACACAUCUUAAAGAUCAUUCAAGCGUCGAGGUUUCCAAACGAAAUUAAAGAAUUAAAACGGACGAACAUUGCAACGCGUGGCAGGAUCGUAAAUUUAAAUCCGUUUCUUGAUAAUGAAGGUAUACUUCGCGUCGGCGGACGUCUACGGAUGUCCGAUAUGACCUACGCGCAAAAACAUCCAAUACUGAUUCCGAGCCGUCACCAUGUGACGGAUUUAAUUAUACGCGAGAUACACGAAAGAUACCAUCACGUCGGCAUUCAGAACACGCUACAUCAUAUGCGACAAAAAUUCUGGGUGACCGACGGGCGGAAUCAGGUACGAAAAAUCAUUCGAACGUGCGUACGAUGCACCCGAUUUCGAGCCGACGCCGCGGAAUACAAGAUGGGCGAUUUACCAUCGACGCGAAUACGCAAGUCGGUCCCGUUCACAUAUACCGGAGUUGAUUUCUGUGGUCCGUUUUAUAUCAAAGAAAGAAAACAUCGUAAUCGAGUACGCGUUAAAGUAUAUAUAUGCGUAUUUGUAUGCCUGACGGUAAAGGCCGUGCACUUAGAGGUCGUGAGCGACCUAACGACAGACGGAUUCAUCGCCUCGUUGCGACGGUUCAUCGCGAGGCGAGGAUGCCCAGAGCAUAUAUACUCGGAUAAUGGGACCAACUUCACGGGCGCACAAGGUCAGUUAAGAGAAAUAUACGCGUGUCUAAAUUCGGAAAUACACAAGAACGCGGUAGAUAAGUUCGCGCUUGAACAUAAGAUCACCUGGCACUUCAUUCCGCCGGCGGCUCCGCACUUCGGGGGCCUCUGGGAGUCCAUGGUGAAACUUUUCAAACACCAUCUGAAACGAGUGGUGGGGGAGUCACUGUUUACGUUCGAGCAAUUGAAUACCUUCGCUAACGAGGUGGAAGGCAUCUUAAAUUCACGCCCAAUCACGUCUUUAUCUUCAGAUCCGAAUGAUCUAUUAGUGUUAACCCCAGCUCAUUACUUAAUCGGUAGACCAUUAACCACCCUCCCGGAGGGAGAUUUAACGUGUGUUCCAGUGAAUAGGCUGACAGCUUGGCAACACGUGAGUAAGAUGCGCCAAGACUUCUGGGCGCGAUGGCACUUGGAGUACCUGAACGAGCUCCAGGCACGCGCUAAAUGGGCCAAGGACGGACCAAGUCUAAACCUUGGAGAUGUCGUGCUCAUCAAAGACAGAAAUCUGCCGUGCACACAAUGGAAAAUGGGCCGGGUCACGGAGACGCAUCCAGGCGAAGACGGAAUAACGCGAAGCGUCACCGUUAAAACGACGAACGGUAAUGUGAACAGGGCAGUGAAAUAUCUGUGCCCCCUACCAGUCGACAAGGCAUAA